AUGUCCUCUUCAGAAGCUCAGUCAAACGAUUUUGACAAUCCAUGGGAGUCUGCGGCCAAUGAUGAGACUUAUCGAUCGACAUCCUUGCGCGCAGAUGAACGAGCCACUUCCUCUGCAGAUGCGGUUGCUGCUGCUCCCGUUCAAGGUGAUCCACGACCGCUGUCCCUUAAGAAUCGUUGUAUAUGGUGGAACCAGAUAUUCGAUGGUUUCUUCAGCGCUCUUUUGAUUAUCUUCACCUUUUUUCUGUAUCACAAGAACAAGGUGGACGCCAGCACGACUCACAUGGAUGUCGUGACGCUUACCUUAAUGGUGCUGUCGAUUCUUCUUGGAGCUAUCCUUUUGCUAAGGAGUGUGAUCGGUGCUCGAUUCUUUCAUUUCAAUAUGAGUAGCAGACCAGUACUCGUCCUACUUUAUUUGGUGACUGCCAUUGUCCUCUUUACGGAUGCCAAACACCUGCCAUCCUGGAUCAUGAAGCUCCAGUUUGAGAGAAAAGAGGUUUUGCCUCUUUGCUUUUUAGUCUUUGCCGCAAUGGAAGUUUUGUUGUUCUGCUUUUUGCGACACUGUUACGCUUCUGAACUCGAAGACAUUCAAGACGCCGAAAACUUGUCUCGGUACACUUCCAGGGCAGCUGGCCGUUCUCCUUGGUGGUGGAGUGGUGGUGGUGGUCGAAACCACCGCAGAAGAGACAAUUCGGACAACUUGGAAGAACCACUUUUGUUUGGUCAACCAUCGUGGACCAAUAGAACUUCCAAUAAUUAUCAAGUCCGUGACGGAGUCAAUGCAUCCUCGUCCUCCUCGUCGUGGUGGCCGUUUUCUCGGGGCGUCAGUGGUCAGAAUGCCAGGGACGACGGAUCUGUGGACUAUGCUUCACUCAAUGAAGACUGGGCCAGUCGAUCAGAAGCAGAUCCCACUUGGUGGAGCCGAGACGAUGAUGGACAUUGA